GCCUUUUAUUUACUGACGUCAUAUAUGAUUUACAAAUGACGUCACAUCGUAUUUGAAACAUUACACAAAGCUGCCACAGAGAGUGAUUCUUAGCGUUAAGUAAAUCUAUGAAAUGAGUUUUUAUAAUAGAUUUAACAAAGUGUUGUUAUGGCGUUAAAUUAAAAACCGUUUUAAUAAAACAUACAAGAAGGAUGCCUCAGAAAUCAUCAGACAUUUGAUACCUGGAACAUCCAACAUCAUGACAUUAUCAGAUUUAGUGUUUGGAAAAGACUUCACGUUCGGACAUUGCUUUCACUCGAUUCCAUCACCAACUUCAAGAAUGAUUCCAUACAGUGACAUUUUUGUCGAUUUCCGUGGCUUUCCGUCAUCAGUCGCCAGCUCCCAUUCGUCGACACACCCAGGUUCCGAAGUAUCUCCUUCCUGUACCGAUUCAUCCCAAACCAGAGUGCAUUCCCCUUCACUCCACAGCAGUAUCGCGUGUCCAUGUCCAAAUGGUCUGCGUGAACCAAGACAGCCGCAACACCAGACUCCAGGGGAAGACUUGGGGUCAGAGGAACAGCGAUCCUUCAAGUGUCCACAGUGUAGGUAUGUCACUGACAGGAAAAACAACCUGAAGCGCCAUAUUGUGACGAUGCACCAAGAGUGCACGAAAACGUUGGAGUGCUGUGGCAUCGUGUUUCAGAGCAAAUCGUUGCUACGCGACCACGUUGGACUCUUCCACAGAGGCGGGUACAGGUGUCAGAUUUGUUCCCGCAAUUUCUGUCGCAAGGCUUUGUUGCGACGUCACCUGACCGUCCACAGUGGGCGGAAAGACUUUCGCUGCGACCUUUGCGGCUACGCGACCAGCCACAAGAGUAACUUGGAGAGACAUCAAAAAGUCCAUUCAAGGAAACCGGCCAAUCAGGUGGGAAGCGACCUCCAACCUUUCAUCGGCUUGUCGUUCAAUUACAGUAACAUCAUCCUCGAACCGGCGCAAACGAUGCUGACGUCACAGAAUUCCCGCCUUUUACCCCGCUAUCGCCUGCUUCCGGAUCGACUGAAACAGACGCAUACCAACUCGACGAUCGAGAUUCACAGGAAAACGAAAUGGAAGAACCGAGUAUCCCGGUCCUUUAAGAACCAUUCAAGCAUGUUAAAUAAUACAAAUAACCAGUGCCAUCAGCUCGAUGAUGACAGUGGUGAUGGCGGAAACAUUGGUUCAACUUGUGUUGACUCGGAACCAACUGAAUCAAAACGAGGUGCAUCUCAUCAAACGCCAUCCAGUGGUGUUGAAAGUUUAACAACAGGACCAAAGACGUCAUAUAAAGACAAGAUACCGACACUGUCGUCAAAUAACGACCAAGAAAGUAUCUGCACAAGCCAGAUAUAUCCAGAUUUUGCACCAGAAUGGCAGCCUUUGGAAGAUCGUCCUACCGUUCAACCCAACGAGUCGGAGGUAAUCCUACGAGGAAGAACGCGCACAGCAAAACGACGAAUCUUUGCAGCGCCAUACAAAUGUCCAAUUUGCAAAGAGAUUUUCAGUUUUCAAAUAGACUUGUCUAGCCAUCAGUGUACCCACACUACAGAGGAAAACCUAUCUGUGAUCACAGCUAUUCGUAAAGGGAAGCUCAAGUUGUCGCCUAUUUAACUAUUGCCACUGUUAAAGCGAAAACACAAACUGAACUGGUUCUAAUAAACGUGUGUGUGUUACAGACAAAUGCCUUAAAACAGGCCUUCUGUUUACUUCGACACUCUUGUCACCUAGACUGCCGACGUGUUAACAGAACACACAAGACAAAAAAAUGGAAGAAAAAUAAUAUGAAUGAUUUAAUCGUAAUGGAACAAUGAUUUCUUGAGACUGCAGUUUUAAUGAAGAAUAACAAACUGAAACUGUCUUACCAUUCCAACUACUUAGUGGAGGACACACUAUUAGUAAGUAGAUUGUGUAUGCAAUGAAUAUAAUCAGAACAACAGAGCAUGGACAUGUAAUUCAAUGCCAUGUGGCUGUAGGUUGCAUAGUACCAAAGAAGAGAGUACCGUGUCAAGGUUCGACGUGCACCGUCAAAUAUUUACGGAGUAAAAGCAGCUGUGGGUGUGAUUGGUAGUAAUAUGUGACAUUGAUUAUUUGU